AUACCUUGUUUUCAAGUAUAGUUUGAUCAUUCUUCAUUGUUGCAAUCAUGAGUCCUAACUCAAAUGUUGUGUUUCUCUUGCUUUUCCUGUUCUUUCAUUCCUCACGACUCUGCUUCUCCACAAACUCUACCUCUCCUUGCCAUGAACGAGAGCGGCAAGCUCUUUUGAAAUUCAGAUCAAGUUUCAAAAACACAUCUGCUGGAUCACUUGGUUCUUGGGAGGGACUUAAUUGCUGUCACUGGAAAGGUGUUGGUUGUGAUUUUAUUUCAAGACAUGUUAUCAAGCUUGAUCUUAGCUAUACAUCAGAAGCGGAAGCUGUGGACCCUUCAUUGUUGGAGUUGGAACAUUUGAAUUACUUGGACUUGAGUGGAAACAAUUUUAGUUAUAGUCAUAUACCAGAGUUCCUCGGUUCCAUGAAGCAGCUGAGAUACCUCAACCUCUUUGAUUCUCACUUUAGUGGCAUGAUUCCCCAUCAUCUUGGUAAUCUUUCAAACCUUCAAGUUCUUGAUCUUUCAGAUUAUGGGGAAGAUUUAUAUGCUGAUGACAUGGGUUGGGUUUCAAAACUUUCAUCAUUGAGACACAUAACAAUGACUAGAGUGUCCCUUGAGAAGGCACACAAUUUGUUUCAGGUACUUUCCAUGCUUUCUUCUCUGUUACAGGCAGAGUUUAGUUAUUGUGGUAUUGCCAAUGUCCAUGUCACACAUGCGUCCAUGAAUUCUACAUUUCUUCCUAAUAUUGAGCUCUUGGAUCUUUCAAACAAUUUUCUUCAUGGUUCAAUUCCUAAUGCUCUUCAAAAUAUGACCUCCUUAAGAGAGUUGGACCUUUCAGGGAACUCAAUUUCUUCAAUUCCACACUGGCUGGGUAAUUUUCACUCUCUGAUCCAUCUUGAUCUUUCUUGGAAUUCUUUCAAUGAAAGUAAAAUCUCCAUCUCCUCUAUCUUGAACAACAUAUGUUCCCUCCAAUCCUUAGACUUGUCCGGUGGCAAAUAUGAAUCAUUAGUGUCUUUACUAAGUUUUGGCAGUGGAAAUUUAUCUCAAUGCUCAAUUGACAAUUUUGAAGAAUUAUUCUUAUCUUCCAAUGGUAUUAAUGAGAGUUUGCCAAGCUGGUUAGGCGAGCUAAAGAACUUGAAAACACUUUAUCUUUCAAAUAAUCUCCUCUAUGGGCCAAUGCCAAGUUGGUUUGGAGAGUUAGAGAACUUGGAAACUCUUGAUCUUUCAAAAAAUUCUCUCUGUGGGCCUAUUCCAGUUAAUCUUGGAAAAUUGUCUAAUUUAGUUAAAUUAGAUCUUUCACAUAACCUUUUGGAAGGUACCUUUUAUGAGAACCAUCUUGAAAAGCUCAUAAAUAUACAAAGUUUGCAAUUAGGAUUUAACAAUCUUUUUGUAAAGAUUGAUUCAAAUUGGACACCUCCAUUUCAAUCCUUAACACAGUUAGGAAUGACAUCCUGCAACAUAGGCACAAAGUUUCCACAAUGGCUUCAAAAACAAAAGAGGCUAGUGCACUUGGAUUUAUCCAAUAACAGCAUUAGGGGACAAAUCCCAAAAUACAUUGGGGAUCAAAAUAUAAAGUUAAGAGUGUUAGAUCUUAGGCACAAUCUUAUAGAAGGUUCAAUACCAAACUCUUUGUGCAAUUUGGAGAAGUUGAUCACUCUAAGGCUAUCAUAUAAUAGACUAUCUGGUGAAAUUCCCAAUUGUUGGAGCAACGCUAGUCAAACUUUCGUUAUAAAUCUUUCAUCUAAUAAGCUAUCAGGCACUAUUCCAAGCACAUUUUGGAAUUUAUCUGAUAUGACGUGGUUAAUUUUGAGCAACAACAAUUUACGUGGGGAUCUUCAACAUGUCUUACAAAGACAUUCAACAUUAGAAGUUUUGGACCUUGGUGAGAACCAAUUUACUGGAAUGAUACCUUCUUGGAUAGGUGAUGGGGGAUUGCCGCAACUUCGCAUUCUAAGGAUGUCACAGAAUUUGUUAUGUGGUGAUAUUCCACCUUCCCUUUGCAAGCUCCACAGAUUGGGAAUCUUGGAUCUUUCUGGUUCUAAUUUGUCAGGUUCAAUCCCUUCUUGCUUUUGCAUUCUUAAUGGGACAAACCAAUUCAACCCAGAAGAUGGUAUUGCUGGAUUUGCUGAUGAAAGUGCAGACGUAAUGUUUGAAGAGGGUGUUGAUCAAGUUUUGAAAGGAUUGCAACUAGAAUACACUUCAAAUUUGAGGUAUUUGACAAACAUUGACUUGUCAAAUAACAAUUUGAAGGGUUCAAUUCCAGAAGGUUUAACUUGUCUCUCGGGUUUGAUUGGCUUGAACUUAUCACACAAUAAAUUUUCAGGAAAGAUUCCAAGCAAGAUCUCAAACAUGAAGUCAUUGGAAUCCAUUGAUCUAUCAAGCAACCAACUUUUUGGUCCUAUUCCCAGCAACAUGUCCACCAUGACUUCAUUGAGUUUUUUAAAUUUAUCAAAUAAUAAUUUUUCAGGACCUAUUCCUGAAGGGGCUCAAUUCUCUACCUUUGGUCCAUCUUCUUAUAAUGGCAAUCCAUAUCUUUGUGGAGAUCUUCUUGGAAAAUCAUGUCCUGGGAUUGGGAUAGCCCACCCACCUUCCAACCUUAGCUUUCAUGAAGAGGAUGAUGAUAAAGGAAAAGAAAAGGUGUUAUUUUACUUUGUGAUAGCACUGGGAUUCAUCACGGGAUUUUGGGUAGUUAUUGGAUUCUUGUUGCUCAAUAAAAAAUGGAGACAUGCUUGCUUCAGACAUGUGGAUAACUUUGUUGACUUCAUGCAUGUGGAAAUUCAUAUCAGGAAGGCAAGAUUCAAGAACAAGAGCAAGAACCUGGUUGAUCAUUAACAACUUCUGUUGUCAAUUACAUGUAUGGUCCAUGUUGUGUGUUCCCACAAGCAUUUUAUUCUUGAUGGUCCAAUGUUAUUGAUUGUCUUGCCAAGGAUGAUCUAUGUUAUUGUUCAUGGUUAUCUCUUGUUUCAUGUAGUUAGUGUGAGGAAUUAUGAAUAACAUAUAACUUUUGUUGUGAAUUUGAUAGUAGUUGAUUUGAAGC